AAUGUCCAGCCAUUCUAUUGAUUACAUUCAUUUAGAUCUGAGUGACGAGGAGAACAUGGAGCCCGAAUUGAUUCCCUUAGUAGAAAUCAAAGUACCCAGUAAUGAGCAUGCUGAUUACAUCAUGAGUAGAUGGGUAACGCUAUCUAAUGAGGAUCAUGGGACAGUCUACCGCAAGAUUCACAUAGAAAUCGGAGAAAAGGGUGGAAAGUCAACGAUCCGUUCAAAAAUGGUGAACAAAUAUUCGAAACCGUGGUUCGUCCAUAUUGUCCACUUUUUUGUUGACGAAUACAACUUUAUUGAUGCAAAGGAGCUUGUCUAUCCUAUUGGAAAGUCUUUCUACAAUUUAAUCUGCAUGUAUACUGAAUCGAUGGAAAAUGAGUUCAACGUUCGUAUUGUAAAAAACAAUCUCACCCAAAGCGACGUAACUAUCAAGGGUAAGGACCAGAAUAUUUCAAAUGCUUGCAGAAAAAUCAACAAUAUUAUCGAAGAGUAUCUGAAUAUUCAAAUUGAUCUGGAGAAGGAGCGUAUGAAUCAUCUGGAAGACAUUCUUCGCGAAAGAACCAGCGUGCUUUUUCAAGCAACUUUUGCUGUUGAUGCUUUCUGCGAUUGA